UCGCUCGGGCUGAAAGACCUUCCUCUCGAAAUCCGCGAACUCAUCUGGGAGUUUGCUCUACCAGACCGUCGCGUCUUUCACGUCAAAGGCAUGUCCCGGCAGCGACCUUUUAUGAAUCCAGACCCGCGAUGCCUAUUCUUCAACUUCCACAUCGGCCAUCCCCCUCCAGUCUGCACGCGCGUGUGCUCGGAAUCUCGCGCUGUUGCCCUCCGUAAGGGCUUCUUUUUCGAGUCUCGUGACGAUCACCCUGGCUACUGGUUCAACCCGGACAAGGACAUCCUCUACUUGGACCGCAAUCAGCGCACCUUGCUUCAUUCGAAACCAAAUCAACCGCGCAUGAAAGUCUCCGGGUGGGACCGCGUGCUCAAUGUCGGUCUUGAAUGGCGUGCCUUCUUUCGAGAUAUCCCCCGCCCAUCCCAGGAUGAAACGAUUAGCAGCUACUGGAGAGCGGCUAUAGACCCGUUGUACGCUUACAUGCCGCGUAUGAAGACGGUCAAUUACAUCCUCCCAGAGGCUCGGUACAAGGGAGGGAUCACUUGGGGACGCGAACCGUAUGGAGCGCAAAAAUUCGAAGCCGAGCUGUUCCCACUCCCGGAGGACACCCCGAUCCCAUGGGAGACGAACCGGAAUCUAGGCACGCCACCAUCACGGACCCAGAUACUGGCGGAAAUCCAAGGGAGGCCAAUACACGCAGCUUCCGUUCUGCCGUGGGCGGAAGUAAGGGGAGACAUUGUGAGAGGGUUUGAGGAAGGAGAUGACGUGAGUGGUGCAGAAGCAGAGCCAGCGCAAGAGGGAAAUCCAUCUGAUACCCGGGUCAACUAUCCGCCUCGGAUUGUGGGUUGGUCG